AUGCCUACCGCCGUACGGACCUCGUCGGGCGCGGGCGUCAUCAACCUGGCCGCCACCCGCCCCGACCCUCAGCCAAAGUCCACCGCGCCGCGCCCGCAAACGGAAAACGGCCACCCCCGCCGCAACUCGACGAGCAACCACAAGCGACCCUCGAGCGCCCCCGGCGACGACAACAACAAGCCCAAUGGCGCGCACGCCUCCGACCCUCCGCAAGCCCCGAACAGGCCGAGGAAGCCGCCGCUCAUGAGGUCCAAGAGCGACCACCCGUCCCGAGCCUUACACGUAGAUACCAGCACCGACUCUUCCAACGAUGAGCAGACGAUAGCGGCUGCCGAAGACUUCGGCACCCGGCACGGCUUCGACGGACACUACCAGAGCGAGGACAUAAUAUCCCAGCUUGCUAAUGGUUGGUACAUGUAUUUCACAGACAAGAGGCACGAGACGACGGGGAAACCAAAGGCAGAGCCGUUCAAUAUCCAGGAUUGGCGGAUGAGAGAUCGUCUGAAAACAGUCUCCGCGGCCCUUGCCGUGUGCCUCAACAUUGGCGUCGAGCCUCCGGACCAGUUGAAGACAAAUCCAGGCGCUAAGUUGGAGGCGUGGCAGGACCCGACGGUGCCACCAGUCCAAAAAGCACUGGAAAACAUCGGCAAGACGCUACAGGGGCAGUACGAGACACUGGCCAUCAGGACAAGAUAUAAGCAAUACUUGGAUCCGUCGGUCGAGGAGACCAAGAAGUUCUGCAUCUCCCUCCGUCGAAAUGCGAAGGACGAGCGAGUCUUGCUGCACUACAACGGUCACGGGGUGCCAAAGCCGACGGCAUCGGGGGAGAUAUGGGUCUUCAACAAGAAUUACACCCAAUAUAUCCCUGUGUCGUUAUACGACCUCCAGCAGUGGCUGUCAGCGCCUACGAUAUUCGUCUGGGACUGCUCUGAGGCUGGGAACAUCUUGAGCAACUACCACCGGUUCGUCGAGAAACAUGAGCAGGAACAGGAGGAGCUGGCCGCCCGCGACUCAAAUUACGAGAAGGCAAAUUUCAAGCCCUACAUUCACCUGGCGGCAUGCGCAGUCAAGGAGAACCUGCCGACAAACCCACAGCUUCCAGCGGACCUGUUCACUUCAUGUUUGACAACGCCAAUAGAGAUGGCGCUGUGGUUCUUUGCCCUUCAGAAUCCGCUCAACAAGGACCUCACACCUGAACGAGCCAAGAAGCUCCCGGGCCGUCUUCAAGAGAGACGCACUCCGCUAGGCGAGCUUAAUUGGAUCUUCACUGCCAUCACGGACACGAUCGCCUGGACGGUUCUCCCACGGCAUCUCUUCAGGAAAUUCUUCAGACAGGACCUCAUGGUCGCUGCCCUGUUCCGCAACUUCCUCCUGGCCCAGAGGAUUAUGUCAGUAUAUGGAUGCCAUCCUGAAUCAUACCCGAAGCUGCCGGACACCCACAACCAUCCCCUGUGGGAUAGCUGGGACUUGGCAGUGGACAUGGCACUCUCUCAACUACCGGCCUUGGAGAGGAAAGAGACGGAGGGCAUCGAAUACGAAUACCAGAGCUCGACAUUUUUCACCGAUCAACUGUCAGCUUUCGAUGUCUACCUCACAAGAGGAGAUGCGAUGCUGCAGAAGCCUCCGGAGCAGCUACCUGUUGUCCUUCAAGUAUUGUUGAGCCAGCAACACAGGGUCAGAGCGCUGAUUUUGCUCGGUAGGUUCUUGGACCUCGGUCCUUGGGCAGUUCAACUUUCACUCAGCAUCGGAAUCUUCCCCUAUGUGCUCAAGUUGCUCCAGUCGACCCACGCGGAGUUGAAACCGGUCAUGGUUUACAUCUGGACUCGCGUGCUCGCUGUUGACAUCACAUGCCAACAAGACCUGAUCAAGGACAGUGGCUAUAACUACUUCGCACAGAUCCUGAAGCCUUCAGAAGUGCUUGUAGUAACCAACAGCGAUGAGCACAAGGCCAUGUGCGCAUUCAUUCUCGCUAUGCUCUGCAAGGACUACAAGCCUGGGCAGGUUGUCUGCAAUCAAACCGACAUCAUGUCGUACUGCCUGCACUAUCUACAGAACGAGGACAACCCGCUGUUGCGACAAUGGUCAUGUUUGUGCCUCAGCCAGCUUUGGCUGAAAAUGCCGGAGGCGAAGUGGAGGGGGAUCAGGGAGGGCGCGCCCACGAAGCUUUCUGCCUUGACCAAGGAUCAGUGCUGCGAAGUUCGGGCGGCUAUGCUUGUUGCGAUGACGACCUUCAUCGGCAUCCCGGACUUGACUGCUGAAGUGCAAAGGAUAGAGGAAGCGAUUACAUGGACGCUGCUGGACAUGACCAACGACGGGAGUCCGAUGGUCCGACGAGAGCUGCUGGUGUUUUUGUCUCACUUUGUCCUCCGGUACGAGAGUAAGUUCGUUGUCACGGCCUACGAGCAUCUACUGGAGGAAAGGGAGUACCUGCUCUACCCGCCCAGAGAUGAUGUUUUUGAUCGGCAGAACAUGCUGCUGCAUUAUGCGCGGCCAGCGAAUCGCGACAAGGAUGGCUCCAUCAAGCCCCAGGCGGAGGGCUUUUCGAACAACACCGAUGCGACCGUGGUCACGGACUACGUGCACAACACACUGCUCCACUCAGCUGUCGGUGCGCAAGCUCAGAACCUCAUGGAGGAGAUACAACGCCGGACGAAGCGCACCUUCAUGAAGAACCAGCCUUCUCACCAGCGGACCAAUACGAGCUUGUCAGUGGCCUCUGAUACGUCAGUGCCCGCAUCUCCGGGCCUGCUGAAGAGAACCUUCAGCACGAUCUUUGGGUUAGGAUCCGUUGCGGACAAUCUUAAUACAUUGGCAACACCAGCACCCUCACAGUCGGCUUCCAGAACAGGCUCGCUGAGGAACAGGACGGGCCUACCUGAUGCUCCUCCGGAGCAGAACGAGCAGUUCCAGGCGCCUGCCAAUUACCACGUUGCAGAAGAACCUGUAUCCGCUGGGUUUGAGGAGCGCGACGUGAAGGAAGUCCCGGCGCUCCCAUUGCCGAGUGGUUUCCUGGACUGGUCAAUCGAGUAUUUCAGGGAGCCGCAAAUGAAGCCCAAUGAGGCCGAGGAACCUGGCAGCGUAGAGUACAACGCGCGGCUGUGGAGACGGUCAAGGAAUGAGAGCAUCCUUCGAGAGACACAGCCCCAGAAGUCUCAUGCCGGAUCGCACAAAUGGAAUCAACAACUGGCGCUGAUCAACAAUGGCGCUCAGCCCUCAAGGAUGACGUUCCAUCAGUUUGAGGAUCACCUGGCCGUCGCAGACGACGCGAACACCGUCUAUGUCUGGGACUGGAAGCUGCAAAAGCGAAAGAGUAGGUUCUCAAACGGAAACCCAGAGGGCUCCAAGAUCAGCGACAUCAAGUUCAUCAACGAGGACGACCAAGCAUUCCUCAUGACGGGCUCCUCAGAUGGCGUCAUCCGGAUGUACCGCAACUACGCUCCAUCCGACGAUGAAGCCCACCUCAAGAGCAAGAAACCGGAGCUCGCGUCUUCGUGGCGAGCGUUGACGCACAUGGUCGCGAGCAACGUCAACUCGGGCAUGGUCUUUGACUGGCUUCAAGUCAAUGGCACAGUCCUAGUCGCGGGCGACGUACGGGUGAUCCGCGUGUGGAACGCCAGCUCGGAGACGUGCAUCAUGGACAUACCCGCGCGGUCUGGCAGCUGCGUUACGUCAUUGACCUCGGACCAGAUGACAGGAAACAUAUUUGUUGCCGGUUUUGGCGACGGCGCAGUACGCGUGUUUGACCCACGGUUGAAGCCGCAAGACGCAAUGGUGCGGAAGUGGAAGGACGAGCCAGACAGGCAAUGGAUACGUAGCGUACACAUGCAGCGAGGCGGACAGAGAGAGCUCGUCUCAGCGUCUAGAAACGGAAAGGUCCGGCUGUGGGACAUCCGCAAGGACCAGCCGCUGAAGGUGUUCCAAACGACAAAGGAUGUUCUGAGGACGGCGAGUGUCCAUGAGCAUUUGCCAGUCUUCUCUGUCGGUACCUCGGCCCACAUUGUCAAGGUGUUCAACUUCCACGGCAAGGAGCUCUCACGCUCAGAACCGUACUCGAGCUUCCUGGGACAGAACCGCGGCUCACCCAUCUCUGCAACUGCCUUCCACCCACACCGCAUGGUUAUGGGGGCCGCAGCGAGGGGUGACCACCACAUCAACGUUUUCAGUUGUACAAACGAGCCGGCAUUCGGCACGAAUAUCUAA